AUGGCCCCCACCUGCAGCGACAUCCUUCCUCCAAAGGAAGAACAACACCACGAGCCCAAUCCAAUCGAUCAAGACCGCCACCGCCUUCGUCUCAUCACGUUCCGCCAGCUCAAAGCCCUCGCUCUUGUCACUGUCUUCUCCGCCACUGGAAUGGUUGCCAUCGAAGACUACGCCUUCGUAAUCUUCUCCAUCUUCUACAUAUACUUCCUCUCAAAAGUCGCAUUCCCCACCCUCACUCCACAACUCGAACUGCCCGUCUUCAACAAGAGCCGUCUCCUAGGCCUCUACAUCCCGAUCUCAGCCCUGAUCAGCCUCUUCUUCCCGAUCGUCUACAUCUUCCAAGGUAUCUACAAAGGAGAUAAGGAAGGAAUCAAAGCGGCCGUCCCGUUCGUCUUCCUCCUCGCUGCCCAAAUCUUCAUGGAAGGCAUGACGUUCUCCCGUCGCUUCUCGUUGCCAGUCCAGGCAUUCGUUCCUGUCAUAUACAACACGAAGAGGCUCUUCACGAUCAUCGAAUGGUUGAAGAUAGAGAUUAGGAAGGUAGAAGAACACGGAUCGGAGAUGAGAUUGCACGUGGGGUGGGGACUGGCAGUCGCAAAUCUGCUCUUCUGGUCUUUCAAUCUGUUCGGGCUCUUGCUGCCUUUCUAUCUCCCAAGAGUUUUUAAGAGGUAUUAUUCUUAA